AUGGAGUAUCAUGCAGCUGUUAAAAUGAUGAGCUCUAACUCGGCACGCCCGGCCCGUGGCCCGCUGCCCUCUGGUUGCUCUGAGCUCGGGUUCCCGGUCGGUCCUCGCAGCUGCAGGCCUGCAGGCCGGGGCGCCCUCAGGCCCUGUCCGCGCCUCCCGGCUCCCCGCCCGCCCGCAGAGCCACACGUCCUAGGGAGAAUCUCUCCGGACUGUCAGAGGGGCGCCCUCCACGAGACCUCUUCUCCGAGAGAGGCCCGGCGUCGGCCUCCCUUCGCCCCGCCGCCCUCUGGCUCCUCAGGCCGGGCCUGCUGCCUCCGCCCUGCCCCUCCCCGGGCCCGCGCCAGGCGUGUGGCCCUAACUGCCCGACCCCUGGCGGGGUGCACCGGCGCGUCCUCCACUCGCGGCGCGGCCUGUGGGGAGGCUGCCGGGCCCCCACAGCCACGUCUUGGGGAGCCCGGGGACUGCGUGCCUUGCUUUGGAGCCCUUGGCCCCGGCAGAACGUAUAUCAGGGAAACAAAUAUUAAAAAUGACCCUAAUGAACUUAACAAUCUUAUCAAGAAGAUCUCUGAUGUAGUAACAUGGACCCCACGACCAGGAGCUACUCUUGAUCUGGGCAGGAUGUUAAAGGACCCAACAGACAGCAAAGGCAUCACAGAGCCUCCAGAGGGGACUAAAAUUUACAAGAAUUCUUGGGACUUUGGACCAUAUUUGAAACUCUUGAAUUCUGCUGUAGGAGAUGAAAUAUUUCUUCAUUCAUCCUGGAUAAAGGAAUACUUUACUUGGGCUGGAAUUAAGGAUUAUAACCUGGUGGUUAGGAUGAUUGAGACAGAUGAGGACUUUAACCCUUUUCCUGGAGGAUAUGACUAUUUGGUUGACUUUCUAGAUUUAUCCUUUCCAAAAGAAAGACCAAGUCGGGAACAUCCCUAUGAGGAAAUUCGGUGCUGAGUUGAUGUUAUCAGAUAUGUGGUGAAGAAUGGUCUUCUCUGGGAUGAUUUGUAUAUAGGAUUCCAAACCCGGCUGUAGAGGGAUCCUGACAUAUACCAUCAUCUGUUUUGGAAUCAUUUUCAAAUAAAACUCCCCCUAACACCACCCAGCUGGCAGUCCUUCCUGAUGCACUCUGAAUAG